ACCUGGUAAGCAAGUCUGUUCACACAAAAAGCAGACUGUGGAAAACAAAAACCAUGAAAUCUGCAAAUCAGGGUUAGUUUAGUCAACCCUACCCCCAUUUAAUGAAUACAUCAUCAUCCAUACCAUGUCUACUAUAAGUAUCUCCAUAUCUUUUCAUGGGAGCUUUGCUCAACAAACAAACAGUUCCUUAAUGGUAUCAAAGCUGAGAAAAGAACAAACAAAAGGGUUUCAACAAGAGAAAAAGAAUGGAGACCGCUGAUUAUUACUAUCUGCAACAAAACCAGCAGCAGAGUUGUGGUCUAAUGCGGUAUCGGUCGAUGCCGGCCGAGAACCGUGUCGGGUACGACGAGUACGGUAGCGAUUUUCGGUCAUCUUCGAGUUCCGAAAUGGAAACAUUGUUCAUGUUGUGUGGUAAUGGUUCAUCAGGGAAUGUUUCAGAAUAUGAAGAGAAAUCAGUGAAGCAAGAGGAGGAGAUGAUGUAUCAAAUUCAAAGCUUGCCAUUGGAGAAUGUUGAGAGUUCAUUUGGUGUUGGUACAAAUUUGGGAUUGGAGAAUUCAAUGCAAAGAAAUGGGAAUGGUUCAAAUCUUGUUAGGCAAACCAGUUCUCCAUCUCAGGUUUUCUCUAGCCAUGGCCUUGAUAAUGGUUUUAAUGCAACCAGAAAAAUGACUACUUUAAGGGCUUGCAAUGGUAUCAAUGGUGAACCAACAUCUACGGGUAGAUUGUAUAACCAUAUCAGCUUCUCCUCUGGGCCAAUGCCUCAAAUAGCUCAAGUUGAGAAUGGAGGCUUAGCAAGCAAUGGUAAUGGUAGAAAUGGGAUGAACUUCAUCCCCAACUUGAUGUCUGAUUCAAGGAAUAAUGCUUCACUUAGUGGGUUGAAAAGAGCCCGAGAGAGAGACAGCGACUUGUUGAGUGGUUUAAGCCGAUUGCAAACUCGGAACCAGGAUUGCAGAGACUGUUCUACUGCUUUAACACACCAGUUGAGUUUACCUACAACCUAUGAGGAAGUGGAUGUUUGGCAGUUUCAAAGCUCGGUCCCUUGCAAGAUUCGAGCGAAACGAGGUUGCGCUACUCACCCACGUAGCAUCGCUGAGAGGAUGAGAAGAACACGGAUCAGUGAACGAAUGAGGAAACUGCAAGGUCUUUUCCCGAACAUCGACAAGCAAACGAAUACGGCAGAUAUGUUGGAUAUGGCAGUGGAGUACAUUAAAGAUCUUCAGAAGCAGGUCAAGAUAUUGAGGGACACUAAAGCAAAAUGCAGCUGUUGAAGCAAAAAUGACAGAAAAUAGAUAGCAAUAUAAAGUAUCAAAUAUGGGGGAAAGUGAAGAUGUAGCCAUUUGUAAUUAUAAUUGUAAUGCAAUGCAAUGCAUUGAAAGAAUAAUAGGGUCUUAGAUUAGAAUAUCAUAGGGCAGGAAAGCUUUGUGAUUUGUGAUUUUGAAUGCAAGAGAUAAGCUGUUGCUAAA